AUGAGGAGCUGCAAGAUGGUGCGGGUGGCCAGCGUGCUGGGGCUGGUGAUGCUGAGCAUCGCGCUGCUCAUCCUCUCCCUCAUCAGCUACGUCUCGCUCAAGAAGGACAACAUCUUCGGCGCGCCCCGCGCCGCCGGCGCGGGGGGGCCCCGCAUGUACAUGUUCCACGCGGGAUUCAGGUCGCAGUUCGCGCUGAAGUUCCUGGACCCCUCGUUCGUGCCCAUCACGAACUCCCUGACCCACGAGCUGCAGGAGAAGCCCUCCAAGUGGGUGUUCAACCGGACCGCGUUCGCGCACCAGAGGCAAGAAAUCCUUCAGCAUGUCGAUGUAAUAAAAAAUUUUUCUUUGACCAAGAAUAGUGUUCGGAUUGGACAGCUGAUGCAUUAUGAUUAUUCCAGCCAUAAGUACGUUUUUUCUAUUAGUAAUAACUUCAGAUCACUACUUCCAGACGUGUCACCGAUCCUGAAUAAGCAUUACAACAUUUGUGCCGUGGUUGGAAAUAGCGGAAUCCUGACCGGGAGUCAGUGCGGACAAGAAAUAGAUAAAUCUGAUUUUGUUUUUCGUUGCAAUUUUGCUCCAACUGAGGCAUUCCAAAAAGAUGUUGGAAGGAAAACCAAUCUCACAACCUUCAACCCCAGCAUCCUGGAGAAGUAUUACAACAACCUUUUGACCAUUCAGGAUCGCAACAACUUCUUUUUAAGUCUAAAAAAGCUUGAUGGAGCCAUUCUUUGGAUCCCAGCUUUUUUCUUCCACACAUCAGCAACAGUCACAAGAACACUGGUUGACUUCUUUGUUGAGCAUAGAGGGCAACUAAAGGUCCAGUUGGCUUGGCCAGGAAAUAUAAUGCAACAUGUUAACAGAUACUGGAAAAACAAACACCUGUCACCCAAGCGGCUGAGCACAGGUAUUCUCAUGUAUACACUUGCUUCUGCCAUAUGCGAAGAGAUUCACUUGUACGGAUUCUGGCCGUUCGGGUUCGACCCCAACACAAGGGAAGACCUCCCAUACCACUACUAUGAUAAGAAAGGAACAAAGUUCACAACCAAGUGGCAGGAGUCCCACCAGCUGCCUGCAGAGUUCCAGCUGCUCUACAGGAUGCACGGUGAAGGACUGGCCAAACUGACCUUGUCGCAUUGUGCCUAA